AUGCAAAGAAGCAUUGAUAUCUUCGCUGCCGCUUGUGACAACUUCAACCUGCUUAUCAACACAGAGAAGACGGUGGCCAUGCAUCAAGCGUCACCCGCCAUUGCUUACAACACACCCCAAAUCAACGUGAACGGUGCCCAACUGCAAGUAGUGGACAACUUCACGUAUCUGGGCAGCACCCUCUACUGCACCAUCAAGAUUGACGAUGAAGUAGCCUGCUGGAUUUCAAAGGCCGGUCAGGCCUUCGGCCGCCUGCGAAACAGCGUCUGGAACCGUUACGGUCUCCAUCUCAAGACCAAACUGAAGAUGUACAAGGCAGUCAUUCUGUUGACGCCGCCAUAUGGGCGGAGACUUGGACGGUGUACAAGAAGCGGACGCGUAGACUGAAUAACUUCCACCUCAGCUGUCUUCGACGGAUAUUGAAGCUGAGGUAGUAGGACCGGAUCCCGGACACAGAUGUACUGGAAUGGGCGGGAAUCCUCAGCAUCUACGUCAUGCUGAGACAACUGAAACUGCGCUGAACCGGCCAGCCCGUGCGAAUGGACGACGAGCUGCUACCCAAAUGGUUAUUCUAAGGAGAUGUCACCAGGGGUUCCCGGCGGCAAGGAGGCCAUGUCCUUCGCUAUAAGAGCACUCUGAAGACUUCCGUGAAGCGUCUUCAGAUCAACUCUGCCAACUGGGAAGGUCUCAUCUGAGACUGACGGGCCUAAAGGAGGAUAGUGAAGACAGGCGCGGCGAUCUACGAAGCCAACCGCAUCACCGCCGUUAAAGUCAAACACAAGACCAGCAAAUCUCAACUACGCCUAGUCCGCAAAUCCGACGCUCCAUCGCUCCCGACCUGCCCACGCUGUCAGCGGACGUUCUGGGUAUCAGUCGGUCUUGUAGGGCAUCCUCAUAGCAACUGCUGCACGCGGACUACAUCAGCUACUAUCUCCUCGUCCUGGCUCUGCCUCAUCCUUCACGCCGACAAUGAACAGCCACCGCACUCCCAAGCCCCCACUAUCUUCAUCACCCUCCUCCUAGUUCUCUUCCUUCUACUUCUUCUUCUUCUUCUUCUUCUUCUUCUUCUUCGUUGCCUUAACAUCCACUCGGCCCCUCCCGUACCCACCGCCAUCGCACAUAUUCCGGACACACCAACAAGCAUGAACCUCCCCACCGUCAACAUUAGCGGUGUGUACUCGAUCCAUACCUGUCAGCAUUGCGACCGUACAUUCACUCACCUCAUUGGCCUCUUCGUUCACAGACAUAUCCAUGAAAACGUACUUGACCGUAGUCUUGACGCACCUAGCACUUUUUGCACAUCCACCAUGUCUAUCUCAAACGACACCCCACCGACCAGCACGCCAAACACCAUCAGUUCCAUCAAACUAAGCACAUCCUGUGCCCCCACCUUGCCUUACACAACGCCCACAUCGUCGACACACAGCGUGUCUACCAUCAACAGCUCCACCAUCGACACCAUCCCCAAAACCGACACUGGCACCGCCGACUUUACCCAUCCCCACUGUCUCCGUACAUUCGCCUCACAUAUUGGCCUGGUCGGUCAAUUGCAAAUCCAUCGCACACAGACUGGCGAACCAGUGCCUGGAGCAUCAACAUACGUUCGCCGCAUCUGCCCAACUGCCCUCACUGCGCCGCACAUACACUCUCCGUAG